GUAUAAAUAGGAGGGAUGAAGCCAGCAGAGAUCAGAUCCUCUCUACAGAGACCUCUACAGCACAGAGAUCCACACAUGGCUCCUACAAUCACUGCAGCAAGGACCAGUUCUCAGGAGCACCUGCCUCUGACCCACAAGCUCAGGAAGCCUCUGGUGGAGAAGUUACGCAGAGAGAGAAUCAACAGCAGCAUUGAGCAGCUCAAGUCUCUCCUGGAUCCAGAGUUCCUCAAACAGCAGCCAGACUCCAAGCUGGAGAAAGCAGACAUCCUGGAGAUGACCGUUUGUGUCCUGAGACGACUGCAGCAGCAGAAUCAUCAAGCUGUGGACUCAGCAGCUGUUGGACAGGGCUACUCCAGAUGUGUCCAAGAGGUGACCCACUUCCUGUGUGAGGAGCAGGUGAAGACACAGUCCCAGAGAAGACUGCUGAACCACUUCAACAAGCUGCAGUCUUCCUGUGAGAAGAACCUGAGAGACGCUGACUUCUCUCCUCUGAGCUCCUCAGUCCAGACCAGCAUCAGCAAAGACAAGAGUCCAGUGAGCAGCGCCCCCUGGAGGCCGUGGUAGACUCCUGAGGACUUGUUCAAAGGCUGAGCUCUGAAGUGAGAGGAACAUCUGUGCUGUCGUACUUUAAACCUCCUCCUAGGAAGAGUUGUUGCACAUGUUACUGUUCACCUUUCGUAAAGGUCACAUUCUGAUGGUCUGUGAUAUUUGCAGGUUCGCUACUACUUUGUAUGUCAAAGAUUUAGUCACUUAUUCCAGCUGUUACUCUGUGAAGUGAAGCUCAUCGUUCCCCAUGGGAAUGCCUUCCA